AUGAUAAGACAAGAAGGUCCUUUGAGCCCAAUACGUGGUAUGUCAGCUAUAGCUAUAGCAGCCGGUCCAGCUCACGGUUUAUAUUUCGCAAACUAUGAAUUAGUAAAAGAUAAACUAAAACAUUUCGUAAAGAAUGAUCAAUAUGAUUCUAUAUGUCAUGGUAUAGCUGGAUGUACGGCUACGUUCUUUCACGAUUCUAUAAUGAAUCCAUCUGAAGUAGUAAAGCAAAGAAUGCAAAUGCAGAAUUCGGUUUGUAGGAAUACUUUCAAAUGUGCCGUAGAUAUUUAUAAGAACGAAGGAGUAAGAGCAUUUUAUAGAUCAUUUUUCACAACGCUGAUCAUGAAUAUACCAUUCCAAAGUAUACACUUCAUGAUUUACGAAAUAUGUCAAAAUAUAUUGAAUAAAGAACGGGCUUACAAUCCUGGGACGCAUGUUUUAAGCGGAGGAAUAGCUGGGGGAGUAGCUUCGGCAGUCACCAAUCCUUUAGAUGUCUGUAAAACUCUGCUAAAUACUCAAGAAGGAACAAAAAAUGUGGAAUCACUGAAGCAAGCUGCGGGGAUUGUAUUUAAAACUAAAGGUCCUCUAGGUUUUCUUGGUGGUUUACAAGCUAGGAUGCUUUAUACUAUACCAUCAACUGCAAUAUGCUGGUUUACGUACGAAUUUUUUAAGUUUUUCUUACAAAAUAAAACACAUAUUGAACCAAAGAGAAAAGAAUAA